GCUCAAACACUACGCGCCAAUCGUUAUUGAUUUUUGAUAUUGCCGCAAACUUCUGCGAAAACCUGUUCUAUUAAAUAAAAUUGAAGAAAAAUAAUUUUAUUAUGUGAAAAUAAAGACAAUGUGGCUACUGAAAAUUAAGAACUAAGGGCUAUCUACCAGCAUGGCUUUGAAGGCACAGGUGCCAGAGCUAAAAUGCAUGGAACCGGAGAAUUACAGAAAAUAUUUCCGUGCAUUAUGCUGGAGUGGCACAAGGAAAAUAGAAAAGAAAUCACGAAAAUUGGGUAAGAAAGAGAAGCAGCGUAGACAGAAAGCCGCGAACGCGAUACCCAUGUGUUAUGCGCCGGCACUUCUCGGUAACCCGUCGCAGUUUGCCGUCUUCGCCAGCGUACGCAAGUCCAUCUUGGCCCGAUGGCGCCAUCUCCACGGCACUAUCUCCGAGUUAUCUGACGACAGUGAUAAUGAGGAAUCUUCACAACCAACUACAGUAUCCAAAUUGCCUAAGGUGACUGGUAUAGGUUUACGGACAGUCUUUGCCCUCAUAUCUCAGGCUAGGUUUACAGACGCGAAGUUCUGUGAGCAAGCAUUAAAAGCAUUGCUAGACGUAUUACAAGGUCACACACCAGAAGAACUAGCUCAAGAGCCUACAGAGAUAAUAUCGAGCCUUCAUGCAAUGCUGGUGGAAGUAGCUACUGGAAGUGGACCUAGCGGACGUUCAGACACGCCUACAAAUCUGACCGCACUGAGCAGUUCCUGUCUGAUAGCCUUGUCAGUAGCCAGGGGGGAGGCAGAACUCAUUCUUAAUGCCGUCGCUUCGUUGAUUAUGUCCGCAUCGUUACUGGCUGAGCAAUAUGUACAGGUGCCUACAAAUUUAACAACUCUCCAGAGAAGCGUUCAAGCAGUGAUCCUUGGCAAGCCGUCCCGUAACCAAUGGUUGAAUUAUGGUGUACCGCAUCAAGCACUGGUCACAAGUUUCCCAGUGGAUCUUCCCUCGCAACUGACUGCAGGCUCUGGAGAUGUGGUCGUCCGCUCGCUGGUUUCCGAUGGCUGCUAUCUCUAUGUGUAUACUUCGAAAGGUCUCCUAAAAAUCGGGUCUGGUUAUGGAAGCUCAAUAAAACAACACGUUUAUAUAUACAAGCCUGAUUUCUUUCCAUCCGAACGCCACGGUUGGCUAGGUUAUUGUAAGAAUAAGUUGUAUGUAAGAAUUGGAAGAAAGAAGACUGAAUUAUAUGAAAUUGAUAAAGAUACAUUAGAAGUGAAAGGCGUGGUGCGGCUCGACCCCGGUCCCAUCACACCGGUCGACCCUAAGUCGGCUGUUUUCAGCGACGGCAAUUUGUUGGGGCUAGUCCUUCUCACUAGUUAUGAGUGCUUAACAAUAAGAUUGUAUGACGUGGAUAGUCCACGGGAGCGGACUGAGGCCUCAGCGCCUGCCACCAUCUUGUCCCACAAAGAGAUGAUAGUCCACCUUCUCCGGCGACAUAUGCUAGUUAUUGGUCGUUCGCCUUUCGAAGACGGCUUCUCCAGGAGAAGCAUGGAGGUGGACACGCCAAUGGCGGUCCAAUUAGAUGAUGAUGAGGAGGAUCCCAUGAUUGGGAUAUCGGCUGGACAAGACUUUUGUCUUUUGAACACCUUAUCAGGAAGGGUAUACUACACUGGCAAGGGGGCCAGCUUAGGGUACAAGACUGCAUCUCCACUCACCAAUCGCUGGACGCUGAUGAAGGAGACGGUGUAUACGAGAAACGAUAUUCCUAAUGUCAAGAAGGGAAGGGUUAUGCAGGUGGCGGUAGGCCACGAAGGCGUCCAUGCUAUAUUGGUAAUGGAUAACGGCACUGCACUAUUCACUGGCGUAGCUCGUCGUGGCGAAGAUGGGGAUAGCAAUAAACACAGAAGAACGCCGAAGCCCACCAGACCUAAGAAAAUAUUUAAGGCGGAGGGCCACAGUAUCGUGUACGCAGCGUGCAAUUAUGGUUCAACAGCCCUGGUGACCAAGCAGGGCUUGCUGCUUAUGCUUGGGAAGGACGCGCAACACUGCGACAGCACUGGGCUCGUGGUUGGACUGCGCCACGAGAGAGUCGUGCAGGUGGCGUUGGGAAAGGCGCACGCAGUCGCUUUGACGCACUUCGGCCUUGUUUACACAUUCGGUAUCAAUAACAAGGGACAAUGUGGGAGAGAAUUUGGUUUCGCCAAAGAGAAGAGCUUCGGAACGCCGCGUCGCCAAAGCGGCAACAAAGAGGAGGUCCGCAUGUGCUCCACACACAAAUGGGUGUCGGACUACUGUCGCAUAUGCGUAAUGUGCCGCGAGUGUACCGGCUUCUCUAACUCGUGCCAUCUGUCGCAUUUGCCCAACAGAGCCGCUGGAGAGAAAUGCGGUUGCGGCGAAGGCGACAGCGGGUGCAGCUCAUGUGGUGUUUGUCGCCGUUGUGCGGAAACACAGACUACUGCCGGUCGCUCCGAGCGUACUGUCACGGAUCUGGACGAUGACGCCGACGCUUCCACUAGAUCCGACAGCAAGACUGAUAAAGAUGGAAGAUACCAUCAUUACGACAGUCAUGCGGGCUCAGAAGGAGAGAGAGAUGCGAGCCUGAAAGUAAGUUGUUUGCCGCCGGCUCGCGUCGCCAUCCCAGGUGGGCAGCGGGUCUCGUCAGUCGCUUGUGGCUUGCACCACACUGUAUUACUCACAGAACACGGUGAAAUACUGACCUUCGGCUCCAACCAGUACGGUCAACUUGGAGCGGGUGAUGUAAGCCCUCACCACAAGAUAGUGAGAGUCCGUGUGCCCAGAUGUAUAGGAGUCGCGGCCGGUAGCAACCACACGGCGUUGCUCACUGCCGAAGGAGAAGUUUACACCUUUGGAUGCUAUCAGAAAGGCGCACUGGGCCGCCCGCGCAUAGAAGAGGUAAUGCGAUCAGAAUCGAACCGCAGUCCGAUAUGGUACGCGACCCCGGGUCGAGUGCCUCGCCUAGGUCCUCGACAUACGUCCAAAGGGGUGGCCAUUUCCGCGUCUGGAGACCAGACCUUCAUUCAGGUGUCGCAGUCUGUGAUCAGGCCUGAGUUUCUAUUUAGUUCCACGAUCACGUCCAAUCACAAUACUAUAGUGAUACUCCCCAACCGAUCAGAACACACAUUCAAGUGCAUAACUGUGAAUAAAACUGACGGCAACUGUUUCCCAUGGACGGGCGGCGAGCAGGUUGACUUCGCGAAUUCGCUGGCAUGCCUCGACCCUCUAUAUGAUGUUAUGUGGUGUUACCAACCAUUAAAAAGAGUCAUGAAAUGCUACAAUAUUCUCACGUUCGAUUCCAACAAGCUUCAGCGGUGUUGCACCAAUAAUCCAGACGCUUACACCCUGGACGCUGACUACGAGUACCCCAAUUACGGUUCCAUGAAGAGGCUGGAAGAUUUCAAGAACUUGGAGACUUUAGAUCUGAAGAUCAAUAAUGAGGAUAGGCCGACAGAUAACAUAGCUCUAUCAAACAUGUCCGUGCUGAACCAGGAACUGGCAAUACCAUCGGCCCCGAGCCACUCGGUCACCAGGAUGCAUGCGGCCUUACAUUUGCUGGGAUGUUUAGAUUCACUCACCUUUGCACAUGAUUCCAAAUUAAACCAAGUGGAGACGAAACGAGAUCGCACCACAACCCCAGUAGCGCCUAUUAAAGAAGACUUCCUCACUGUGAAUCGGUUCGAGAGCCACGGCGGAGGCUGGGGCUACUCAGGACACUCUGUUGAAGCCAUACGGUUCAUGUGCGACACUGAUAUUUUACUUGGCGGUUAUGGCCUGUUUGGUGGUCGAGGCGACUACACAGCGAAGAUAAAGUUGUUCGACAUUGGCGGUGAAGGCGGUGACCAAGAGGGUGAUGGCGAGUUGAUCGCCGAGAGCGAUGAGGUUAUGUACGAGUGCGCGCCAAGGGACAAGUUUCCGGUACUCUUCGACGUGCCGGUGCCACUCGCGGCCAAUAGAUGGUACGUAGCGUGGGCGUGCGUAAACGGACCGUCAUCAGACUGUGGCUCCUCCGGCCAGGCUAUGGUCAUCAACGACGAAAUUGGCUUUCAUUUCAAAACGUCUAAAAAGUCGAACAAUGGUACCGAUGUCAACGCUGGUCAGAUACCAUGCCUCCUGUACAACACUGUCAGUCCCGACCACACUGUCACGAUCCGUUGUAUAGACCUUGGAGACCCCAUUAUUUCACUGUCCAAAAACAUAUCAAGAAAAGUUACCGUCUCCUGUUUCAAAUCCCUCAUAACUCUGCUUCAGUGGAGUUGGAAGACGUUCAAAGAGAUAAUACUAGAGACAAACGGUCAAAUACCUAUCAAUUACCAAAAGUUGACAGUGAUGAAGCAUCAGAAGAGAUUGGUGUAUGUUAUCAGAGCGAGUUUGAGGCUCGUGAAAUCGUAUAUUAUAGAGAUUUACCCGCAGCACAAUAAGAAGAGGAAUUCACACGAGUAUAUGUCGUAUUUUGAAGCUAUAGCCGAAGCGAGGAAUUUUAUUCAAGGUAUGAUGGCCGAACCGACGCCGACGUGCUCAAUGCUGCCACGAAAGCCGGGGAAAAAUAAGGCGCACAGAGUCUGCUACGUGCAGUUCGCACUGGAAAUGACCAACUCGAUACUAAAAGAAGCCCACGACACAAUAACGACUUGCUUCCACGCGUUCUUUCCUACACCCACGCUCAAGUGGAACCAUCUCUGCUCAUUGCUGUUUCACGUUAAGGAAGGAGUGGUGCCAGCGACGCAAAUUCGCGAGUUGGCUUCGUGCUGUGCGGCCAUGUGUUCCUCUCGGAGUCUACGCGACGUACUCCAGUAUGUGGUGCCCGUCACACAAAACCAUAUCAUGCUCAAUGAGAAUAGACGUCCUGAUAGUAAGGUCCUGAAAGAAAUACCCUCUAAGUCGGCUACAGUACCUCGCUCGUCGCAUGCCCAGAAACCUCCGCCAAUCCCCCCGAGAGCUCAUCACAAGGACGCUCAGAAGGCAGCAGAACCAAUUCCCUGCAAGUCCACACACAUUGACUGGCACCUCCUGGACGUGAUACCAAAGUUACUCGAUAUAGUUAUGAUACCAAUCAAGCAGCAGAUGAAGACGCGACAAUGCGGCCAGCCGCACGAUCACGGCGAGAUUGGGCAGCAUGAAACGCUUUCGGAAUAUUGUUGCAAACUGGUCGCCAGAAUCAUAGCUGAGCUGUCUUUUAGUGCAACUAAUAUACGUGAAGACCAAGACACAAACACCAUAAAACACCUAGUGACACCGUCGCGGUUCAUGCGGGUGAACCAGUCCCGCGCGUGGAACACCGGUAAUGGCAGUCCGGACGCGAUCUGCUUCACGGUGGACCGGCCUGGUGUCAUGUUGGUCGGAGCGUGCGUGUUCAGCGGCCUCGGCAACUACGAGUACACGUUGGAACUGUUGCAGGAUUUGCGGCAGCUCCGAGCGACUGGCGAGGAGUCGGACCCAGGGCACUGCUGGGUGAGUGUAGAGAUCAUCCACGGCACGUUCACGUCGGCAGAUUGCCACCACGACAUGGUGCAGAUAAAGUUUGAACGACCCAUCUCGCUCAAGGAAGAUUUGCGUUAUGCUAUAAGGCUGUGCAAUCAUGGCGGUCGAACUGCUAACGGCGACUGUGGGCUGCCUUCAGUGAAGGGGCCAGACGGAACCACUUUCAAAUUUUCCUCGUGUUCUUUAAGCUUCAAUGGCACAACACUAGCUAGAGGACAGAUACCGUCUCUGAUAUAUUAUGGAACAUCGAAAAGUCAGAACUCCUUGGAAAGCCCGGACACAUUGAUAUCGGCGCUCCGUGCUAUAACACUGCGCGUAGCGUCUGUGGUAAUAGAGAGAAGUGCGGAUUUAUUCUGCUCGCUUCGGAACGAAGUCACUGCUGAGGAUCUACGACGGAAUGCCGCCGUACUGCAGCAGUCGCCGGUUAUAAACACGCUCAUUCCGUACACCCUGGCGAAUCUCGAGGGAUUGGAUGAUUCUAAGAGCGUAAUAAAACUAUUGGAGAUAAUCCACAAGAUACUGCCUCACGUGGCAGCCAUGAACCUGCUGGUGCCGGCCGUUGAAGAGUUCACAACAACGACCACGCAUUUCUAUACGUGGGUCGAGAGUGAUCACCCGUACAAGCAAGCCACUGUUACUAACAUGAGGGUCCUGUUUCCAACAAACGUAUCAUGGGUGGUCCUGGAGAUGGACCCACGCAGUGUGACUGCUCAGCCCGAGGAUACGCUCACGGUGUACGCAGUGGCCGGUGCACCCAAGAACAGAUGUCAGAACUCGUAUGAUAUGCGCAUAAUGGAACCACCAUUUCGCAAGCGCCUGAUACAAAUGUCGUCUGACAAUAGCGAUGUGGACGAAGUAGUGGACGAGGGCGAGACGGACGCGCCGUGUAUGCACUACAACUGCGCGUAUGUCAACGUCACGCCCAAGCUGGCCAACAUUGCUUCGGAAUGGCCACAAAAAGCUUUAAUAGUACCAGGCAAUGAAGUCAUAUUCUCGCUGGAGACUGCUUCGGACUAUCUCAACGAAUACAACAAGUCAAAUAGCGAGGACAAUCACUACGGUUUCCGGUGCCUUUGUAUCGGCUACGAGGACUCGUCCUUCACGACGCAACGUCAAGGCUUGGCCGCACUGGAAAUGGAGUUGGUGUACGCAGGCGCUGCGUGCGCGUCGCGUCUACUCGCGCCCGACCUGGAUAUACCGCCGUUGACAUUUGCGACCAUAGUCGAGGUGCAAAUGCUCGCUAUGAUAGGGUCCAGUCCGGGAGCGGAGGGCGACUCCGGUAGCCACGACGGCAGCGAGUACCUCCUCUUGUCCAGGGGACUGGAGCUCUCCUCGCCACCCACCAUCCACCAAGUUCUCGACGGCCAGCCACUCUUGCGGUGCAUCUCCACCGAGCGUCAGUUCCUGUCAGAUUUUGUGGCGGGCGCCGAGAGUACGGCCGGCGGCCGCCUGGCCCGUUGGCUAGCUCCGACUUCCCGAGUAGAACCCUCCAAAUGCGAGAUGAAGGCGCCAGCGACCCCGCCGCGGCCGUCGGCGAAGUCCACCUUGCCAAUCACCGUCCGUGAUCAGUAUGGAGAGAUCGUUGCGUCACCUGCUUUAAAAGUUGAGGUGGUGGUACAACGUAUGGAAGAAACCAACCCACGUCACAGUCGAAGUUCAGAAAGUCAUCGUGGUAGCCUGCCCGACGUCUCGUAUCAGCCAACAAUGCGGGAUACCAUGUGUUUUCAUGCUAUCACCAUGAUGAAGCCGUUUCAAAUUUACUCCUUCGAGGAAUUACGGUAUUUGAGUGGACAAUGGGGUGGAUCGUGCGCAGGCGCUGGCCUCUCGAGCAGUGGCCGAGUGCCCACUGAGCGUCUACCGGUGCGUUCGCAGCCCGACGGAUCUUAUGUAGCUGUGUGGACCCCACGGGCGCCUGGCGUCUACGUCUUUAGGUGCACCCUCGACGAUCAGCCUGCCCCACAGGAACUGACCGUAGAAGUGGCAGAGGGCUCAAUAGAAGUGCCUGAAGAGCGAGGGGUGCAAGCGGGGGACACAAUACAACCGGCGCCACCGCCAAAACUGCGGCGGUUCAUCGCCAAGUACAGUGCGGGGCUGCGGGUGAGGGCCAGCCCUAGUCUUCAAGCUGAGGAGCUUGGUCGCGUCCCGCCUGGUGCUAAUGUAGCGUUCGUUGAAGAGUUAGUGAACAAGGACGGCACAUGGGUCCGUUUGAGUGAUGAAUCGGCGCGCGCGUACACGGACGGCGGCGCUGAGAUCGCGUGGUGCCUGCAACACCACCGCCAUCUAGACAGAGCGCUGCUUGUGCCUGUUGAGCCGUGCAGUCCUAUACCGCAACUGGAAUAUACGGGAUUGUGGAGCGGGUAUGGAGACGCUCAGGGUGACAUUCACUCGUGGACGCACGAGGAAGACAUCGAAGUCGGAACGAGCGAUCAGCUGACGUGUCCGGAUGACUACGACAGGAGGUUCCCGUUCUGUGUGUUGGCUGAUGUCACUAAUGAGGUGUUGUUCCAGGGUGACCGAGCGUCGAGCCCGUUUAUGUUUGGUGUCGAACCAAGCAAAUUGGAGAGGGUAUUACGAAAUGAAGCAUGCUCAUCGCCCAAACGUAUGCUACGGCGUAGCAACGGCAACAGUGAUGAAUGGUGUUCACCGAUGCACCGGCUUAGUGACAAUGUUCGGAACGUCAACACCAUACCUGAGGCGGACAUAGAACCGGAGCUUGAGCGCAGAACAAUAAAGUUAGAACCGGAACACCAUUCGGAAAUGUCCGCUCCGCAUCCCGACUGUCGAUCUGAACAGUUAGCACUAGAGCCAGGGCCGAACUCGCAACCCGACCCCCAGAGCCGUACUGGAAGUCGGCUGGCGCAAGCUGGCACGCAAACCUCCCCUGAGCACAUUCCGGAUGUCUCUGUUACCUCUAUGCAGAUGUAUAUAGGAUUACCAAAGGAAGGUCGAAUGAGCCCGAAAAGUAUAGCUCGAGAGCGGAUCGCAAACCGCUCACGCGCGUACAGGCGUACUAUAUCGCCCCCGCCGUUACCAGCACGAACUGCACCCGCGCCCCCUCCGCCCCGCAAGCACGCCCUGAGUCCAGCCCAAGCAGAAUGUCUUCGGGCUAUAUUUGCCGCUUUAUUAUGGCAUGAAGGCAUAGUUCACGACGCGAUCGCUUGCGCCGCUUUUCUCAAGUUCCACCCUCAACUGCCUAAGCAAGGGGCUCGUGUGGUCACACGCGGCUUGCAUGACGUCACCUCGCCGCGACUACAGCGCCACUCCGUCGAGGUUUCCAACGCUGGCCAAUACUUGCGUAUCAACCCUUCCACUCUGGAGACGCUGACCCGUUCAGGCGUGGAAGCGACCACCAGCCGCUCUCGAAAGUCAGACGUUGACGUACCGAUAAGAGAAGAGGACACCGCCCAGCCUAGUUCUAGUACAGGUUCCACCCCGUCUGUAGUGAACGUGUUACCGCCAGCAUUACGCGCUCUAGUCGCCCUCUGGGAUGCAAUGUACGAGGCAGACCAACUCACGGCCGCCACUGACAAACUUAAAAAAGAUGAGACAGAGAAAAAUGAAAAUGAAGAUGGAAGGUCGUUCAGUGGUAUUCGCAAGAAACGCGAUUGGAAAUCCUUGACGAAGACACCUUAUUCAGUGAGGUGCGAGUUGUGCGGUGGGGCUAGUGUAGCGCCACCUAUCGCGGCGCACUUGCGGCAUUCUCACCCCGGAUGCAAACUGCCCACCGUGUACGGCUACGAUCGUUCCGGAGUGUAUCGACCGACGGAUCCGACGCCCGCUCACGCUGACGCCCCCUCGUCCGCUUGUGGACAACUCGCUCAAACUUAUGAGCUAUGGUACAUCUACUGCGAGAAAUGCCGCGACAAAGCGCUGAAGGCGGCCUCAUCGAUAAAGCAGUCGAAAACGAAAAUCGUCACGGAACCUGGGUUCGAACGUGCAGACCCCUUGCCAGAAGUAGACCACCAUAUCAUGAAGGACAAUGCUGUGUUCCUGCUGGACUUGGCGCCGUUGACAUACUCAGAGUCGAUGAGUACGUCUCCAUGGCACGAGGCCCCAGGUCGAAGUCCUCCCACUCCCCCUGGUAGUAUGUGGCAGCCCGCCCCACCCUUCCAGUGUCUGGCAGCUUUGGGUGCCGCCCCUAAACCCCUGCAUACUACAGUGGACACUGCUAGAUACCACUCGUUAGGUCGACCGCCCACAUCGUCUGUGACUUCGCACGCGGCCCCAUAUGGUUCUACGGAUGGUCCACCCGGAUCGAAUUGGCUGCGGGUGCACCGAUCAGUGUCGAUGGGUCAAGAGAAGGGACGAGACCUAUCGAACGCGGGUAGACCUCCGCUCACGAGACGAACUCACCCAGACUCACAGGACACACUCUCAGGCGCCGGCUCAUCUCUGCUAGCGCAACCAAGCGCGGCUCUACACCGCCUAGUGGGCUGUGGGGCGUGGUCCAAAGAGACCUGUUCCGUCUCCGCCUUCGAACCGUCGCGAGUGGACCCCGAAGCUCUCAUGAGGAGCCCAGUUCUUACAUUCGUGCUGGCGAGACGAGACUUACACGCGUACAGACAAAAAAUGGACGCCGCGAUUAGGAUCAAUACCGUCAGACAGUACGCCUUUGAGGCUCUGAAUUGGUUGCUUCGUUCGGCGACGCAACCGACGUGCGUGCACGACGUCAUGUGGUGGUUCUGCAGUGCACUUGAUAAAUACGCACGGAUCGUGCCACCGCCGCUCUCGCUUGACGAUAAUAAGGAGAAUAUACCAGAAAGCACCCGAAACACGACUCCAACAGCAUCUGCGUCAGCUAUAUGCCCGGGUGGGCGAUCCGCUCGAGGGGCGAGAGCUGCUUUUCACGCAUUCCUCGGAUCAGUGAGCGCCCUAGCGCCGUCCUUGCCGCCUUCUAGUGCAUCUGGCUUGCAGGCAGUUAGAUGCUGGGCAUUGCACUACUCGCCGCAUGAUCGUGCCUUCUUACACCGAUCUCAAGUGUUCAGCGUCAUCAGCAAGAUACUGUCGCACUCGGAAGAUGGCAUUUAUGAUGACGGAAUGCUCGGUGCCCUGCAUGAAAGUUACCAUAGUUAUCACAACAAGGAGAAUUACGUGUGGAGUUGUCCGGAUGUGACCGGCUGGUGUGAUAUCACGGUUUCUUCACGACAAGGCAUGGCGGGGGCGUUGACUGACGGCAGCACGGAGACCUUCUGGGAGUCAGGCGAUGAGGAUCGGAAUAAAGCGAAGUGGAUUCAAGUUUCAUAUCCUGGUGGCACGCCGGAGGACCGACCGCAUAUUGUCGCUGUACACAUUGAUAAUACUAGAGAUACCGUGAACAAGACAUUACUGAUAUCGUUCCUGUAUGCGGGCGGUUCCAGCGAGAUGUUCCACAUGCAAGAUAUUGAAGUCGACUCCAAGACGGCGACUUGGCUUUGCUAUACCUUGCCUAGGGUGACAAGUCCAUCUCUACGAGUGCGCUGCGAACUCCGUGGUCCAGAGCCAGCAGUACGGGUUCGCCAAGUACGGAUACUGAGUGCGCCUGCGCCGGUCGCUGCGCAAGCUGCCAGCCCAGCACAGGUCUUGCAUGGACUAUCCGAGGCUGAUACUUUGAGAGUGUUUAGGUUGCUUACGUCACAGGUGUUCGGCAAACUUCUGGAAUGGGACCGAAGUGGCAGCGAGUCUGGUAACGAGGGAGCGACCGGGGGUGAGGAAGCUGCGCCCACUGAUGACAGUGACCUUCGAGAACACGUUGUCGGGAUAUUGUUCGCUGGACAUAAACUCACCUCACUGCAGCGACAGGUGAUGUCACAUAUAGUCUGCGCGAUUGGUUGCGAAGCAUCCCGCGUGCGCGACGACUGGGAAACGGCGUUGUUGUGUGCUGAGGCGGCGGAGAGAGCCACCGACGACUCGAUACAUAGGCCUGUCCCCCAUGCGCACACGCAGGACAACUAUUGCUUUGAAAUGUUGUCUCUGUUGCUGGCUCUGAGUGGCAGCGCGGUAGGUCGAGCGCACCUCGCUCAGCAGACCGAGCUAUUGGCCGACCUACUGGCACUGUUACAUACAGGCAGCGAACGGGUCCAGAGACAGGUGAUAUCGCUACUACGUCGUAUAAUAACUGAAAUACCGCCACAGAAGAUGUUCGCCGCAGUAAAUUACAAGAAUGAGUUGAAUACAAGGGUGACUCUAUUGGAUCACCUGGUUGCGUAUCUGGGCAAGGCAAUCACGGUCCAGGUGAAAAUCAAGGGUUCGGGUCCGGUGCAACCGAAGCCAGUCAUGAUGGGCGGCAGCGUGUCCGCCACCCCGCCCGCCACUUGGUUCAUGAAGGGCGAGACUACUAAGAAGCAUGCACAUCUUGUCGCAAAACUGCUAUCGGAUAUGGCUGAGGACAAGAUAUCCCUCGUAUGGGGUCCAGAGACACGGUCGGCGUUAGCCAACUACGUAUUACAAGUGGCACAGCUAGGCGAGGAGGAGCGCGGUCACGGACGUUGUGUGCAUUCGCCGCCCAUGUGGAUGGCGCUAGCGGCGCUCUGUGUUUGCGAACAGUCCCACGUUGAAAUAAUAAAUGGUGUGGGUGACGGUCGUGAGUGUCGCCGCGACGCGGUGGAAGCUCGACCGUUCUGUUCGAACCACGACGACGGUGCGACCCUGGCUGUCAUCGAGUGUCGCACGUGUGGGCCGUUAUGUGGCGAAUGUGAUCGGUUCCUGCAUCUAAACCGUUCUGCGCGUACGCAUCAGAGACAGCUUUGCAAAGAAGAGGAAAGCGCUAUUAGAAUAGACAUUCACGAAGGUUGUGGUCGAGCGAAACUGUUCUGGUUACUUCUGCUAGUGGACAGACGGACCCUGAAAGCUUUAGCGGAGUUUAGGGAAAUGGAGACGAUGUUCGACCCCUCGACGGCAGAUGGUACAGACGGUGCGGUAGGAGCUGUCGGGUACUCUGGUACAUGUCGGUUCUGCGGUACAAGGAGCACUACUGGUUUAUUAGCUAUUGGGAAUGUGUGCGCCGACCAACAAUGCCAGGAGCACGGUCGUCAAGCGUGCAACCGCGUGCUAAGUUGCGGUCACAUGUGCGGCGGUGUUCGCUGCGAACGGACGUGCCUGCCUUGCUUGUUCGGGUGCUCGGGUCGCGGUGAUUCUGCACCGUUACGACAAGAUGCCGAUGACAUGUGCAUGAUAUGCUUUACGGACCCACUGCAAGCCGCGCCCGCUAUACAGUUGAAAUGUGGUCACGUGUUUCACCUGCAUUGUUGUAAAAAAGUGCUCGCCAAUAAGUGGAUAGGACCAAGAAUUACGUUCUCUUUCUCACAGUGUCCCAUAUGCAAGGAGGAUAUGGAGCAUUGGACGUUAGAGGAACUAUUGGCCCCGAUACAGCAGUUACGGGAGGAGGUGAAGCGUAAAGCUCUCAUGAGGCUCGAGUAUGAGGGCGUGUCGGCACCGGGCGGAGCCCGUGGCCGGAUGCCGCAGGAUCCUGCCGCUUAUGCCAUGGAGAGAUACGCUUACUACGUCUGCCAUAAAUGUGAAAAGGCGUACUUCGGUGGGCUGGCGAGGUGUGAAGCCGAGACGAGCGGGUGGUGGGAGCCCGCUGAACUGGUUUGCGGCGCUUGCAGCGACAUCGCCGGCGCCAGGACCUGUCCCAAACACGGCGCUGACUUCCUCGAGUACAAGUGUCGAUAUUGCUGCUCGGUGGCGGUGUUCUUCUGUUUCGGCACAUCACACUUCUGCAACGCGUGCCAUGAUGACUUCCAGCGGGUCACCAAUAUACCCAAACAUCUCUUGCCUCAGUGUCCUGCAGGACCAAAGGGAGAACAGCUCCCUGGCUCCUCCGAGGAGUGUCCACUGCACGUGCAGCAUCCGCCCACUGGUGAGGAGUUCGCGCUCGGCUGCGGCGUUUGUCGGCACGCGCAGGCCUUCUAAACGAUAAUUAUGUUGGCCUUACUACGCGUUUACAUCCCCUUAUUCCCCUUCUCCCCACCCCACUUCCGGUACGUCCAUGUUACGGCUGUUCCCAAUAAUAUGUCUCCAAUAAUAGAGAACAACUUCAUUAUUAUUUCAUUUAAGAGUCGGCACUGCCCUAUAUUGACGAAACUAAAACAUGAAUUUGUGCAACCUUUUUAGAAGUAUCAACAUAAUAAAAUAAAUUAAUAAAUUUAUUCAUGUUUUGGCAGAAUUACUUUUUGGUCAGUGUUAAAUGAUAAAUGGCUGUUAGUCUGAAAAUAUAAUAAUAAAAAAUUUCACCUAUAGAUAUGUCACAUGUAAACAAUGGUAUACAAAAUUAUGAUUGUUCUAGUAAGUACCAACAACACUAAUUAUUAGGAACGGCCACUAAAAUAACAUAUUGUUAUUAUAUAAAAUCCUAACAAUGCGUCCAGAUAAGAGCAUUUCAUCAUAUCGUAACCGUGACGCGUUAUAAAAUUUUUAUUUUUGAUUGCUUAUCUUAUGGUACACCAAUGUGUUACUAUUUGUGCUGCAUUAGGUAAAGUAACGUAAAAAAUGUUAUAUUUUUUACAAACAUUACAAAUAUGUUAUAUUUUACGACCUAUAAAUCUAGAUGCAUUAUUAGCAUUACAAACAACUCUUCAUAUCUAAAUAUUCAUGUAUAGAGCAGGGUGUAAUGAUACGGAAAAAUUAUAGUAUCUUGUCGCACUAAUUUAAACUAAUAAAAACAACAUGACAAAGUACUAAAAUGUUUAUAUGACAUACUACACAAUCUCACUUCGUUUUGUUUCGAAGACUAGUCCGUCCCCUAUUUCAACUUUCAAUUCAUUAUUAUAAGACAAAACCUUAUUACAUAAAUUCUAUAAUAAAGUUCAUGUCUUGUGGCUUCUACAUUUAGAAAGUUUGAUGAAUGUGUCUCGGAAUUUAUUCCCGCAUUAGAAGUUUUAGUACUUUUUUUUUCUUAAUUUCUAUUUGACCGUCAGUUUCGCGAAUUCGUCUUUUUUAUUUGCUAAAUUAUAGAUUUUCGUACUAGUAAUCCUGUGACGUUAUGUCCUCCACAUCUAUUUAUUGCCUUCUAUUUUGCCCAUCAUUAGAAGUAGAAGCAGCUGAUAUAUGUCAUGUCGGAACACGUGCUCGAGAUAUUGGACCUAACGCUUUUUGACUUGUAUUUUUAAAUAAUUAGAAAGAGUAAUAUGAAAGAGAGAAAACAUGAUAAAGAAACAAAUUAGAGCAAGAUAGACAACGGCGCCUCAUUCAAGUAUACGCUAAUAGCCUGUAAUGAAUAGACAGAAUUUAUCAACAAUUACGUUUAUAUAAUUUUCGCAUUUAGCAGAGUAAUUUGGUUAAAAAAAAGUAAUUAGGUAGGGUUACGUGUAUAAUAUGUUAUAUUAUGAAAUUAGAAAGAAAAAAGGUUUUAAAAUAAUUACGUGAAUAUUUAUUUUUUAUGCUCUAUUAUUAUUAUUUUUAGUGCCGUUUUUGUAACAUUGCAAUAUCAGUUUGUAAGUUCGCUUACAAAAUUUUAACUGCCUGCUCUCAAACUAUUGUAUAUAAAAAUUUACAUCGUGUAAAUUGUGAAUAUGUACGUAAAUAAUUAUAUCUUCUAUAAUACUGAUGAAUGACAUUCAUAAAUACCUUAGUGUUGCCCUAAUCCAGUCGUUUCUCGCAGUCGUCAUAAGUAACAGGGAAUUGUUAUUUAAAAGUAUAGUAAAGAUAAGUUCUCUACUUUACUGAUACGCUUGUUAACUUCACUUUUCUUCGUGUAACGUAAAAUUAACAAUAUCAUUCAAAAGUUAUACCUAUGAGUGUAUUCACUUGUUGUUUGUUGAGAACGUUUUUCUGUGACAGUAUAUGUGCGCACGCGUCGCUAGGGGUGAACAUGUGUACAAAAAGGGUCUAUUAUGCGGGGCGUAUAAAUUUAUUAUAAGAACCAAAGAUCGCCUUUAGUUAAUAAUGUAUUUAGUUACGUAAGUUUUAUGUGCAACAACGUAUAAGGGACGGUGAUGAGUUAUAUUUUUAUUAGGGGUUCUAUUGUUGAAAUUAAUUUCCAGUCAAUACUUGAUUAUUUCUUAGUUACCGAUCACAGAUGUAAAAGGACUAUGUUGUUUAGAUCUCAAGUGAUGUAUUCAGAACAUAGAUAUAGGCAGACAUAGAUAGACACCGCAAUUACCACAAUUUGCAUCAAGAACUAAGAGAGCCACUAGUAAACUAUGUGCUCUUGAUAUUACAAUAGCUAAUUGUUGGAUAGCAUAUCGCCUGCUGCAAUAAAUUUACUUAUAUAUUUAAACUUUAAUACAUAGUUCAAUUAUAAUUUAUACAUUAAUAUAUACAAUUGUAAUAGUUUAAUAUAUACAUUUGGCAGAUUUAACACUGGACGGUGGUUCAGUGUUACUGUUCAGUGGUAUCAAACAGUGUACCGUUCUCUACCAUUCUAAAUCAUUUCGAAAAUGUAAUGCUGUUUUUGUCAUUUUUUUUUAAACUUCUUUCUACUAUAUUAAAUUUAGUCAGUGUCAAUUAGGCUCUCGUGCACCUAUUUUGAGAUCUAAAAUUGACAUGCAAAGUACGUGUAAAUGCGGCAUCUAUUUAAAUCUAUAUCUAUGGCAUGGAACGUAUCAACCCGUCUGCAAAUACACGACAAAAUUCAUACAUUUAUAAUGUACGUAUUGUACGUCCAUUGGCUCUUAAUACGCGACAAAACAGCGUUAUAGUAGGUAGGGUAGGGUUGUUCAAACAUUAAUAAUAAAUCACGUUAAUUAUUUUUUAUUAUAGUGUGGUUUCGAUGUACUGGUUUGUUUAGUCUUUGUUUUUCUCGUCUGUGAUUAUUUUUUAAUUUUACUAAAAUUCAGUCCAUUAAAGCCCAAAAUACUUGUUAGUGACGUAUACAAUAGAGCUUUGACUGUAAUCUGCGAAUAUGGAUUGGGAAAUCUAUUGGGGCACAGCCUUUCAAUUUUUGUGGAUUUUUAUAUUAAGUAAAAACAUGAUUUUGUGAAUUUGUUAAAAAUCAUUAAUAAUUUUUUUUUAAUAUGUUUAUUUAUAGCGUAGUUUCGUUAUAUAUUCAGUACUUCAGUAGUUAUAUUACAAUUUAAAGAGAUUAAAAAUUUUCAUUCAUUUUAAGUGAAAACUUUUUAGGCACGAUGGGUACUCUUUAGGAUG